AUGCCCCUGGUUCCUCCUGUCACGAUGGCGGUCUUGCCGCUGAGGGAGAAUAACGAGGCAACCGCUGUCGACAUUGUGGCUGUUUCGUAAUUAAAUGGCUUCGAAUAGUUGGCUGUCAAUCGCCCUUUUUCUCCGAAAAUUGAUGGGAAGCGUCUUGCUGAGCACGUCAGCGAGGGGUUUCCUUCAGAUUCUUGCCACCAAAUCGAAUGCGACGACUCAUCCUGGAGCCCUGCCAAUAAUAAAUACCAAGCGCUGUUCCUCCUCGCGCGGGGCAGCAGAGGCUAUUUCCCAAUUGGGAGCAUUACUUUGCCGACAAGCUGUGUCAAACGCCUACGCCCCGCACUCGGCUAUUGAACUUUCCUCGGCGGUAGUCCGACCUGCGUUUCGUACGGUAACCCGUACAACUCACAUACCGUGGAGAUGAGGUGCUUGGAGAACAGAUUGGAGAAGAGACCUGCUCUGGCAUAAAAUCACGGAAGAGUCCGGAAGAUCAUCUCUACUAAUGCAUCAUCCCGGGGAACUGUAGCCUGCUUUGCAUCGGAGUUCCGUCAUUGUUCCCCAUGGGCGAUAUGCAAUCAUUCCCAG